AUGCCACACCAUGGGCUAAGCCUUAUAUGUGACACAGCGCCGACGGGAGGAAAGACGGGGAGGAACUGCUCUCAAACAACGAGCACGCGCAUAUAUCCUCGUCCCCCGCGUUGCCCGUCGAUCUCCGCCACCUUCCUCGCCACCGGCCGCGGCAUCUCCCCCGCCCUCUCUCCACCAUCUCCCCGCCUCCGUCCGCAACAUCGACAUACGCAUCCUGAUGCCGACCUCUAUGAUCGUCCGACGACAGAGCGAGGUCGCCAACUUCUGCGUCCAUUGACCGACGGCCUCAUUUCCGGUCUUUCGUCUUCCGGAAGCACACCGACAGCCGCUUUGAAUACCGGCCCGCUCAUAACAAGUCCAGAGCUCGUCCUCGACGCGCCCUCCUCGGACAGCGCAGUGCUCUUUCCUCCAACGAACUCGCUCUUACGUUCUCACCGCUUCGACGUAAACAUCGGGUCCCGUGUCUCGAUGUGUUCCCGUUCGCUCACGCUAAGCGAUUCAAUACAUCGCCUAUUCCGACGGCAUCGCAAUCAAGACCGCGCCAUCCGCUCGGGCUCGCAAUUAUCGUCAAUUCCCAACUCUAACCUCGACGCUUUCUAA